UCUUUUUCUCUCUCUCAGAUUCACCUAUACUUACACACUCUAUAUCUCUAUAUUUUUAUAGGAUUAUUAUUAUUAUAUAAAUAAAAAGUGUGUAUUUUUACGUGUGUUUUGUUUACUCUAGGGUUUGUUUGAGGUAAAGAUGCAGAAGAAUAACGGUACUGAAUCUCAAGAAAAUAAACAACAACCGCCGCCGCAGCCGUCACAACCUACGGCUUCACAGCCACAACAGCAGGGGGUGAGUGGGGGAACGGUUGUACCAGUGGUGGCGGCGCAACAGCAGCCUUGGGUAGCGAUGCAGUACCCGGCGGCGGCGAUGGUAAUGCAGCAUCCAAUGAUGCCGGCCCCACAUUAUCCGCCACACUACAUGCCGUAUCAUCCACACCACCACCACCAUCUCCUCCACCAUCACCCGCCGCCGCCUCACUCGCCGUCGCCACACCAGCAGCAAGGUGGAGGAGGAUCUAAUAAUAAUAACAACAAUGAGAACCGAACGAUCUGGGUCGGUGACCUUCUUAAUUGGAUGGAUGAGGAUUAUCUACGUAACUGCUUUGCUUCCACUAACGAGGUUGCCUCUAUCAAGGUAAUUCGCAAUAAACAGACUGGUUUCUCCGAAGGAUAUGGUUUUGUGGAAUUCUUCACACACGCAGCUGCAGAGAAAGUUCUGCAGACAUAUUCUUGCAUGACAAUGCCUAAUGUGGAUCAACCUUUCCGUCUGAAUUGGGCUACAUUCAGCAUGGGUGACAAGCGAGCUAACAACGGUUCUGAUCUUUCCAUCUUUGUAGGAGAUUUAGCUGCAGAUGUUACUGAUACCUUACUGCAUGAAACUUUUGCGACAAAAUAUCCUUCUGUUAAAGCUGCUAAAGUUGUCUUUGAUGCCAACACUGGUCGCUCAAAAGGAUAUGGCUUUGUAAGGUUUGGAGAUGAUAAUGAGAGGUCUCAAGCUAUGACUGAAAUGAAUGGUGUGUAUUGUUCAAGCAGGCCCAUGCGAAUUGGUGCAGCCACACCACGGAAAUCAUCAGGAUACCAACAACAAUAUUCUUCUCAAGGUGGAUACUCCAACGGUGGACCAGCUCAAGGAUCACAACCUGAUGCAGAUUCUACAAAUACAACAAUUUUUGUUGGAGGUCUAGACCCCAAUGUCAGUGAUGAAGAUCUUAGACAGCCUUUCGUGCAGUACGGUGAAAUAGUUUCUGUAAAAAUACCAGUUGGGAAAGGGUGUGGGUUUGUGCAAUUCGCGAACAGGAAUGAUGCAGAGGAAGCCUUACAGAAGCUGAACGGAACUUCUAUUGGCAAGCAAACAGUGCGUCUUUCUUGGGGAAGAAACCCCGCAAAUAAACAGUCGAGAGGUGAUUUUGGAAACCAGUGGACUGGGCCAUACUAUGGGGGACAUUUUUAUGAUGGUUAUGGGUAUGCAUUCCCACCACAGCAUGACCCAGGGAUGUACGCUGCAGCUGCUGCUGCCUAUGGGGCUUAUCCAAUAUACGGGACUCACCAGCAACAAGUAAGCUGAAAGUCUGCACCUGAGUUCCUCUGCUUGAAUGGUGAAUGUGCUCAAUCUCUUUGUUUCAAGCAAGGAAUGUGGAAUUUAAUGAUUCCCUCCAAAUGAGGAGUGGAACUGAAUUUUGACUUGAUGUGUUAGUCUCCUAGGGAUUCUAUUAAACAUUAAUUUAGAAGUUUGGACUUAGACAUGAAACUUCUUGAAUGGAAUAAAUGAUCUUACAGUGGCAUGUUCUGUACUCAAAAAGCAAAAUGGUGCUUGCAUCGUACAGGGAAGACCAUUCUACUUGAUAGAAUUUUGAGUUCGGAGUUGAAA